AUGGAAUCGGACGGUCGCAUAAAAGCGUAUAAAUUUGUCGCUUAUUCAGCUGUAACCUUCUCAAUUGUCGCAGUACUCUCUGUUGUUGUCACAUUACCCAUGGUAUACAAUUAUGUUGGACAUGUAAGACGACAAAUGCACCAUGAGAUUAACUUUUGUAAAGGCUCAGCACAAGAUAUCUACACCGAAUUAACUUAUUUGAAGAAUAAUCCAAUGGAUAACAAAACAAAUAGAACUGCUCGUCAAUCUGGAUAUGCGCCUAAUGGGCCAGAAAUCAAUCCGUCAGUCAAUCUGCAGUGCGAAGAUUGUUGCCUUCCUGGACCACCUGGCCCACCGGGAGUACCAGGUAGGCCAGGCAAGCAUGGCAAGCCUGGUGCCCCCGGUACACCAGGGCGACCUGGCAAGCCACCAACGGCACCAUGUGAAGCAGCCACGCCUCCGCCAUGCAAACCAUGCCCACAAGGUCCACCAGGCCCACCAGGACCUCCUGGCGCACCCGGAGACCCUGGAGAGGCAGGAACUCCUGGAAGACCAGGGAUCGACGCUAGCCCUGGUAGUCCAGGGCCACGGGGUCCACCAGGCCCACCUGGAGAGCCCGGACCACCAGGACCACCCGGAGAACCAGGUACACCAGCACAAAGUGAACCACCUACACCAGGAGAACCAGGAGAGCCAGGUGAUCCAGGGCCGCCCGGACCUCCCGGUCCUCCAGGAGCACCGGGAGCAGACGGUACACCAGGACCAGCUGGACCCAAGGGAGCACCUGGGCCCGAUGGUCCUCCUGGACUUGAUGGUCAACCCGGUCCCCCUGGGCCACCUGGUCCUCCUGGUGCUCCAGGUGAGAAAGGUAUUUGUCCGAAAUACUGUGCUAUAGAUGGCGGGGUGUUUUUUGAAGAUGGAACUCGGCGAUAA